UUGGGGCAAAACGGACCGUGACCGAUUCAAACAGUUUUAUUUUCGAUUGGACGGUCAAAUAUUUCUAAUAGAUAAACCCGAAAAAGGCAUUAAACAAACUUACAGGGUACAGUCCAUAUAUAAAAUUUCAAAUGAAUCAUUGGAGUUUAUGGAAAACGACGUAGGUGAAUGGGAUGUACGAGAUGGUUUUUCGAGAUAUAAUCAGCUGAUUUUGUCUACAAAUAGGAGCAAUAUUAUGGGGGUUAAUUUAAAUAUUUCCUAUGUUGUUACAAAUAAUGACACUUUCAACCAUCUCGAAGAUUUCAGAGAUAGGCACAUUGAUCCCAUCUCAAAAGUCAACUGGUUUGUCAUGAGAAAUUUAUUACUGUUGUUGAAUGGCACCUCUACACCAAUAUUUCAGUCAACUUGGGGAUACCGAGAUGGCAAUACAUCAAGAUAUACAGGAAUGGUUGGUGAUUUAAAAUCUGGUGAAGCUGAAAUAGGAGGAACAGCAGCUUUUUUCACCAUAGACAGAAUAGACAUCAUCGAAUAUAUAGCACCCAGUGCUCCUACACACAUAAGGUUUUUGUUUAGAGCACCUCCUCUUUCAUAUGUUUCCAACGUAUUUACCUUGCCCUUUGAUUCUUAUGUUUGGUACUGUUGCUUCGGAUUGAUUCCCCUUGUAUUCAUUGCAGUUUACAUAAUAGUAAAAUGGGAAUGGUAUGAUCCUGUAUUCAAAGAAACAGUAGCGGAAACCCACUCAAAUACCAUAAUGCCUUUAAGACCAGGAUUUUUCGACGUGUUAGUCAUGGAACUGGGAGCAAUAACCCAGCAAGGCACUGAUACUGAACCGAAAAGUGUUUCUGGAAGAAUUGCCACAGUUUUCACUUUCAUAGCUUUUAUGUUCUUGUACACCGCAUACGCCGCUAAUAUUGUGGCUAUCUUACAAAGCACGACGGAGAGUAUCAAAACUUUGGAGGAUUUGCUACAUUCCAGGAUAAGUUUGGGUGUUGAAGAUAUUGUUUACGCACAUUAUUAUUUUCAGACUGCGGAGGAACCAGUGCGAAAGGCUAUAUAUCACCAAAAAGUGGCACCAAAAGGACAAAAAGCAAACUUCAUGGACAUUUAUGAAGGAAUAUCUAAAGUGCAAAAAGGAUUUUUUGCUUUUCACGUUGAACUUUCAUCUGGAUAUAAAGUUAUCGCUGAUACGUUCCAGGAAAACGAGAAAUGUGGCCUGAAAACAAUUGAAUUCAUGAAUAUGUUGGAACCUUGGGUCUCCAUAAGGAAACGAUCUGCUUACAAGGAGGUCAUUAAAGUAGGUUUACGAAAAAUUCUUGAAGUCGGAGUUCAACGGAGAGAUGUAAAUCGCUUCUACAGUAAUAAACCAGUUUGUCAAAACAAGGGAAGUAACUUCGGCAGCGCUGGACUUGUAGAUUGUUACGCGGCAUUCUUAAUAUAUGGAAUAGGAAUUAUUUUUAGUGUUUUUCUUAUGGUAAUCGAAAUAUUGGUACAGAAAAGACUCCGAAAGCGCAAAUCUAGCGCUCAAAGUGACGUUUAUGUGUCUCCUGUAGAAGAGUAUCUGUAUAAAGAAACCCACCUUUUUUUUUAUAGAAAUAUACAUAUCGAUGCUAUAUCGAAACUAAAUUGGAUUAUAGUUGGGCUGUUAUUAUCGACUUUAAAUGCUUCUUCUACGAAUAUCUUCCAACCUACAUGGGGAUAUAGAGAAGGAAAUUCGACUAUAUAUUCAGGUAUGAUAGGAGACUUGCAAACAAAUAGAGCAGAAAUAGGAGGUACAGCUUCAUUCUUCACUCUAGACAGACUUGACGUCAUUGAGUACGUAGCGCCCAGUGCUCCUACUUUCAUGAAGUUCAUAUUUAAAGCUCCACCGUUGUCAUAUGUCUCAAAUGUUUUUACUCUACCUUUUGACACCUAUGUAUGGUACUGCUGCUUUGCUUUAGUGCCUAUAAUAUUUAUAGCAGUUUUUAUAAUAGUAAAAUGGGAAUGGAAAGAUCCAGUUUUCAAGCUAAAAGUCGAGGAAACCCACUCAAACAGUAUUACUCCUUUGCGGCCUGGAUUGUUUGAUAUUCUAGUCAUGGAGCUUGGUGCAAUCACCCAACAAGGUAGUGAUACUGAACCAAAAAGUAAUGCUGGCAGAGCUGCCAUUGUAUUUACAUUUAUCGCAUUUAUGUUUUUAUACACCGCCUAUUCCGCUAACAUAGUAGCUCUUUUACAAAGCACCACAGAGAGUAUUAAAACUUUGGAAGAUUUGCUACAUUCCAGGAUCAACUUGGGAGUUGAAGAUAUUGUUUAUGCACAUUAUUAUUUUAAGACCGCUGAUGAACCUACAAGAAAAGCCAUCUACCAGCAGAAAGUGGCACCGAAAGGUCAAAAACCAAACUUUUUUACUAAAGAAGAGGGAAUCGCUAGAGUCCAGAAGGAGUUUUUUGGUUUUCACAUAGAACUUUCCACCGGGUAUAAAGUAAUUGCCGAUACUUUUAAUGAAAAUGAAAAAUGUGGUUUAAAGGAAAUCGAAUUUAUAAAAUUACUAGAACCCUGGUUAUCCAUCAAGAAAAAUUCAGCUUAUAAAGAGGUUAUCAAAGUAGGAUUAAGAAAAAUUUUGGAAUCAGGACUACAAAGAAGAAAUACCAAUCGUCUUUAUUUAAAGAAACCUGUCUGCCAUAGCAAAGGCAGUAAUUUCGGAAGUGCAGGAAUCAUCGAUUGUUACGCCGCUUUUCUCAUUUUUGGCAUAGGAAUUGUAUUGAGUAUUCUAUUUUGUUUGGCAGAAUUGAUAGUUCAGCACAAAUUUCAAAAAUAGUUCGAAAACUGCAUGGCGUUACUCACUGGAUAAAUUGAAAUUGAAAAACGCUAUGGCCUCUAUUUUAUGAAAAUGUUGUUAAUGUAGACAUAGAAUGACCUAAUAAAGUUAUGUGCACACUGUU